AUACCCAGCUAAGGCUUCGUGACCUGUUUUGAGUGAAGAUGAGUGUUUCUGCCAGGAGAAUGUAACUGGAGGAUCAAAGUCUGGACAGACUUGACCAUGGGAGCCAACGCUUCAAGCAAACCACCAGCAUUUGAUGAAAAUGAGGAUGUCAACUUUGACCACUUUGAAAUUUUGCGAGCCAUUGGGAAAGGCAGUUUUGGGAAGGUCUGUAUCGUACAAAAGAAUGAUACUAAGAAGAUGUAUGCGAUGAAGUACAUGAAUAAACAAAAAUGUGUGGAGCGCAAUGAAGUGAGAAACGUCUUCAAGGAACUCCAGAUUAUGCAGGGUCUGGAGCACCCUUUCCUGGUUAAUUUGUGGUAUUCCUUCCAAGACGAGGAGGACAUGUUCAUGGUGGUGGACCUGCUGCUGGGCGGGGACCUGCGUUACCACCUGCAGCAGAACGUCCGCUUCCUGGAAGACACGGUGAAGCUCUUCAUCUGUGAGCUGGCCAUGGCCCUGGACUACCUGCAGAGCCAGCGCAUCAUUCACAGGGAUAUAAAACCUGACAACAUUUUACUUGAUGAACAUGGGCACGUGCACAUCACAGAUUUCAACAUUGCUGCGAUGCUGCCCAGGGAGAUGCAGAUCACCACCGUGGCUGGCACCAAGCCUUACAUGGCACCUGAGAUGUUCAAUUGCAGAAAAGAAGCGGGCUAUUCCUUUGCUGUGGACUGGUGGUCCCUGGGAGUGACAGCGUAUGAGCUGUUAAGAGGCCGGAGACCAUAUCAUAUUCGCUCCAGUACUUCCAGCAAGGAAAUCGCACACAUGUUUGAGACAGCUGUUGUGACUUAUCCUUCUGCCUGGUCACAGGAAAUGGUGUCGUUUCUUAAAAAGCUACUUGAACCUAAUCCAGACCAGCGAUUUGCUCAGUUGUCUGAUGUUCAGAACUUCCCAUAUAUGAAUGAUAUAAACUGGGAUGCGGUUUUGCAGAAGAGGCUCAUUCCAGGUUUUAUUCCUAAUAAAGGCAGGCUGAAUUGUGAUCCCACCUUUGAACUUGAAGAAAUGAUUUUGGAGUCCAAACCUCUUCACAAGAAAAAGAAGCGUCUGGCAAAGAAGGAGAAGGAGAUGAGGAAGUGUGAGUCCUCUCAGGUGAGCAGGUCCCUACCAGACUCAGGGUCACAGCAUUCUCAUCACGCCCACAAUUCAUCGGAGAGCUUCCGGCGGGGGAGCGUCUCAGCUCCCUGCUUCUGCUGUCUUGUAGGAUGCAAGGACAAGCCGAACACCCAGGCUUUUAAGAGGGCAGAGCAGGGCGGCUCUAGGGACCCUAGCAGCAGUGUUUCCCUUGUAGACUUUCUCUCUAGAGCUCUGCCAUUAACUUAGUUACUGCCCUCUCCCAGGUCUCAAUUCAAAAUGUACAAAUUUCCUGGAAAAGUGACUGUAAUUGGCACAGUCUAGAUCAGAUGACUACCCAUGAAAUUAUAGUCAAAGGGCAGGUUUCAAAGUGCACACUGGCUGUUUUGGGCUCCACUCUGGCUUUGAGAAGUCACUGGGAGCAGCCAGCCCUAGAGGUGGUGUCUGUUCCUUGCCACAAGCUGAAUUUUGUGAUAUCAAGGCUCGCCGAAGUAGAAAGUGUCCACUCACAGGAACAAGGGAAUUCUUACAGGGCAAGCACUGUAGCUGGAUUUCA